CAAGAAUUUAAGGGGCAUAUCAGUAUUUAAGAUCAAAAGUGGGAAAUUGAUCAUUGAGGCUCUUUCCUUCCAGAAUCAAUCUGGUUGGGAUCCUGCAUGGUUCUUUAUGAUUUAGUAUUUUACAUUGUUUUUCUUUUGCUGGUCAUAUAUAAAAUAUUCCAAACAUAAUAAUAUUGUUGCAAAUAAAGAUAGUGAAAGGCCUUAGCUUUUCAGUACUAACAUGAUUCUUGCUAUCAAUCAGAUGAGUUCAAUGCAAUUUUGAGUUUUGAACUUCCCACAUGUUGAUGUUCCCUCCUCUAAGUAUGCAUCUCUUCUUCAUGCAUUCCCUCUUUCUGGUUUUCCUCACUUUUCUAUCAGCUCAUCAUGUUCAUUCUAUCUCUGUCAAAAGACAAGCAGCCAUUCUGGUUUCUAUAAAACAGAAUGUCCAGUCCCAAGACAAUCUUUCUCUUUCAAGCUGGAACCUCUCCAACUUCAACCAGCUAUGCAGUAACUGGGGAGGAGUGACUUGUGAUGGGUACAACAAAUCAGUGGUGUCCCUGGAUAUUUCCAACUUAAACCUCUCUGGUCCUCUCCCACCUGCUAUAUCUCAGCUUCAUGCUCUCAGGCUCCUAAACAUAUCAGGCAAUCUGUUCAGUGGAUGUCCCAGCUUGAACUUCUCUAGUCUGCCACAGCUUGAAGUGUUGGAUUUUUAUGACAACAAUUUCACAUGCCCUCUUCCCAUUGGGGUUACUCAGCUUAAAAAUCUUAAGCAUUUGGAUUUAGGCGGGAACUACUUUUCGGGAACAAUCCCGCCGAGCUAUGGAGGUUUAAAGAACCUCAGUUUUCUCUCCCUUUCAGGGAAUGACUUGGAGGGGGUCAUCCCAGGGGAGCUUGGGGAUCUGUAUAACCUUAAAAGGCUUUACUUGGGCUAUUUCAAUCAGUUUGAUGGGGAAAUUCCUGUGGAGUUUGGCAAGCUUAUAAACUUGACUCAUUUGGACCUUUCAAGCUGUGGCUUGAAAGGUCCAAUUCCAGCUCAGCUCGGGAAUCUCAAGAAUCUAGACACGCUUUUCUUGCAAAUCAAUCAGCUAGCUGGUUCCAUUCCUCCAGAAUUAGGAAAUCUAGUGAGCUUGAAGGCGCUUGAUAUUUCGAGCAAUGCAUUAACUGGAGAGAUCCCAUUCGAGUUCUCUUCACUACAAGAACUUGAAAUCUUGAACCUUUUCAUCAACAAUCUUCAUGGGGAAAUCCCUGGGUUUAUUGCAGAGCUAUCCAAUCUACAGUCAUUGAAUCUUUGGCGAAAUAACUUCACUGGUUCCAUACCUGGGAGCCUGGGGAAGAAUGGGAAGCUCAUCGAACUAGACCUCUCCACCAAUAAACUAACUGGAGAAAUACCGAAAUCCCUGUGUCAUGGGAAGAAACUGGAAAUCUUGAUUUUGUUGGAUAAUUCUCUGUUUGGGACAUUGCCUGAUGAUCUUGGUCAGUGUCAAACACUGUCUAGGGUCAGAUUGGGGCAGAACUACUUCAGCGGGCCAAUACCGAAUGGAUUUCUGUACUUGCCAGAGCUCACACUUGUUGAACUUCAAGAUAAUAACUUCACAAGCAGAAUUGCCUUUGAGAAAACCACAGCAUCUCCUAAGCUGGAAGGACUAAAUCUUGCAAAUAAUCACUUCUAUGGUAAUCUCCCAGCCAGCAUUGGGAACUUCUCAGGUUUGAAGAAUCUUUUGCUUAAUGGGAACAGAUUCUCGGGCGAGAUUCCUUCCGAAAUAGGUAACCUCAUGGGAAUGGUAAAGUUGGAUAUGAGCAAAAACAAGCUCUCUGGUAGGAUUCCAGCAGCACUCAGUCAUUGCCCCUCACUUACUUACCUUGAUUUGAGCCAGAAUAACCUCUCUGGUCAUAUCCCGGUUGAAAUUUCCCAAUUUCGCAUCCUUAAUUACCUCAACGUUUCUUGGAACCAGUUAGAACAUUCCUUGCCCGAAGAGAUUGGAUCCAUGAAGAGCCUAACCUCAGCAGAUUUCUCCUUCAAUAACUUCACUGGUUCAGUUCCUGAAACUGGACAGUACUUACUUUUCAACAUCACGUCCUUCACUGGCAACCCUUACCUAUGUGCAUCCUACCUACGUCCAUGCAAUUCAGCAUCAUCAUUUUCAAAGUCGUACGUCAAUGCACAAAGUGAUAAAUCCGAAUUCUCAGCAAAAUAUAAGCUGAUAUGUGUGAUGGGGCUAUUAUUGGCAUGUCUCAUUUUUGCCAUACUUGCUCUGAUCAAGACACGGGAUGUGGGAAAUAAUGUAUCUAAGCCGUGGAAGCUGACGUCUUUUCAGAACCUGACAUUUGGAAGUGAGGAUAUUUUAGGAUGCUUGAAGGAAACCAAUAUAAUUGGGCAAGGAGGAGCAGGAGUGGUGUAUAGAGGAAUAAUGGCGAACGGAGAACAUAUAGCUGUGAAGAAACUGGGAAUCAGCAAAGGCUCGCAUGAUAACGGCCUGUCAGCAGAGAUUCAAACUUUGGGCAGAAUUCGUCAUAGGUACAUUGUAAGGCUGCUGGCGUUCUGCUCAAAUGAGGAAACAAAUUUGCUGGUAUAUGAGUACAUGCAGAAUGGAAGCUUAGGAGAAGCCAUCCAUGGAAAGAGUAAUGGAGGAGGAUAUCUGAAGUGGGAAACCAGGCUGAAAAUUGCCUUAGAAUCUGCAAAAGGACUGGCUUACUUGCACCAUGAUUGCUCACCUCUUAUAAUACACCGGGACGUAAAGUCAAACAACAUCUUGCUGGAUUCAGAUUAUGAAGCUCAUGUUGCUGAUUUUGGACUAGCCAAGUUCUUUGAGGACAGCGAUGCCUCGGAGUGCAUGUCUGCAAUUGCCGGCUCUUAUGGCUACAUUGCUCCAGAGUAUGCAUAUACACUAAGAGUGGAUGAGAAGAGCGAUGUGUAUAGUUUUGGGGUGGUGCUUUUGGAGUUGAUAACGGGGCGAAAGCCUAUCGGCGAUUUUGGGGAGGAAGGAAUGGACAUUGUUCAGUGGGUGAAUAUGCAAACAAAUAGGAGCAAAGAAGGGGUUGUGAAGAUCAUAGAUGAAAGGCUUAAGAAUGUUCCAAUUCAAGAAGCAAUGCAAGUUUUGUUUGUAGCAAUUCUGUGUGUGGAAGAGCACAGUGUGGAGCGGCCCACCAUGAGGGAGGUAGUUCAGAUGCUUGCACAAGCCAAACAACCCAUUUAGCAAUAUUUAGUUGCCUAUUAAUACAUGGAUCAAAACAGUCUGUGAUUAAGAACUGUUUUUUUUGUUGUAACUUGUAAUCUUUCAAACGAUCAAUAACAAAACUCUGAGAAACUUGGAUCUAUGAAGUGUUAUAUGGGUUAGCUUUUCAUGAAGACAAAUAAUUUAUAAUCGACAUGUGCAUUUAGUUGA